CGGCUGUCCAUCCCUGGUUCUACCCCCCAAGUUAUUUGUGUGUUACUAUUUUUAUGCAAAAGAACGAGGAAAUUUAGUAGGUAAAAACCACACGUUGUUGUCUCAGAAUCAGAUAAAAGACUUCUUGCCAACUCUGGAUUGAUCCAGGGUAUUCCUGUCGCCAAUAAAUUACCCCCGGAGUGACAGAAAAUCCGCAUUUUCAGACAAGACGCCUGCAGAAAAACUACUCAAACAAGGAAAAGCGCGAUUUUCCUGAGGCAUGAUUACUAGAGUCGAACGGUAAAAAUAAUGGAUAACAUAGUCUACGACUUUGCCAAUAUUACGUUUCAGCCGAAGGAAGUGGGAUUCACCGGGGAUCGGUCGUCCACUAGCUCCAACCUUUCGUGGCGACUGAAGGAGAUGGCCAUGUCAGACAUGGAGGAGAUGCGGGAUGCAUCCGAAUCAGUACCACCGCCCCCCGAGUCCGACGAUAAUGUCAGCAGUGAGUCCAACGAAUCGGACGACGUGGACUCCCAGUUGAGUCGCUGCGAGGACAACGACGAUGACAGCGAUUGCAUCAGUGGAUCCUCCAGCCAUAGCUCCAAUUUCGGGGCUCGGGCGGGCGUGGCCCGUCGCAGGAUGCCCGCGCGGGUGUCCAAGGACAACUUCAACAGGGUCUGCAGCGCCAUCAUGAAGCCCAUCAAGAAGAAGCAACGCAAGGAGCUGAGUGCCAAUGCCCAGACCCUGAAGAGCAUCGAAAAGCUCUACACCAGCAAGCGGAUGAAGAAGUUCACGCCCACCAAUCUGGAGACCAUCUUCGAGGAGCCCAGCGAUGAGAACGCCGCCGAUGCGGAGGACGACAGCGAGGAGUGCUCCAUCAGCAGCCAAGUGAGGAUCGUGAAGUUCGGCGGCAGGAAGCUGCGACGGGCCAUAUCCUUCAGCGAUGGCCUGAACAAGAACAAGAUUCUGUCGAAGAAACGCCGCCAGAAGGUGAAGAAGACCUUUGGCAAGCGCUUUGCCCUCAAGAAAAUCUCCAUGACCGAGUUCCACGAUCGUCUGAACAAGAGCUUCGACAGUGCCAUGCUGGAGGGCGAUGAGGGCGAGCCGCCGGGAUCGGGAGAAGCGCACGCCGAGAUGCCGAAGACAUCCAUGACAAUGGAGGAUAUACAGCUGCCGGCGAUGAGCGGCCAGCAGCACUUCCUCAUGCAACCGGCUGGAUUUGAGUAGAGGAGAGACUGAAUGACCCACUCAAUGCACACCCACAUUAAUUCAUUGCAUUACAAUUACUAGCUGUUAGUGCCCAAAAACAAAUGUACUGAUACCAAUUACGAAGCUAGGAUUUACGUUCGUUUGGUUUACUUCAUGCCGUAGUCUUUAGCCUUUCAUCAAAGUUAUAAGUGUGUGUAAAUAGCAAUUAGAGAAAAAUAAACUAGAGCUAUACCUAAAACUUAACUUAUCGAGCCAUAGAAUACGAUUCUGGGCCUAGCCAUUAAGCUUAUAAUAAAGGUUGAAAAAUACAUAUCUA